AUGAGUUCCUAAUAACUACUUGAAGAAAAAACUGUUGACCACUUCAAAGGACUUAGCAAUAUAACUAAUACCCUGCAUGAAUUACUAAAAUGUCGCCCAGACAUUUCUAUAUUAAUAUCUAGAUUAAAUUAAGAAUAUUAUAAAAAUGACCUCUUAGCAAGACCUAAUUUAGCACAUACAGUCACUCAGGAAGAUCUUGAUUUGAUAUGGUCUCUAUAUGCUAAAGUAGUACCAUAUCAUCUCACCUCCUUAUCAUAUUGGUAUGACAAGGCAAAAAAGCCAAUGGUUUUUGAAGAAUUUAAGAUGUUUAGAAGAAAAAUUUUAAAACUAUGCUAUUACCACUUAUAGUUAUGCCAAUUUGAUAAGACUUUAGAUAUUGAUACUUCUACAUUAAAUAUAAUCUUUUAAGAAUUUAAGAAAAUAAUGUGA